GUGGGACUGUCUUCAGGGGCGGGGUUAAGCAAAUACCGCCCUGGGGCGGGGGAACGAGACCCGGCCGCGAGCUGGGAAUAGGUUCUCUCCGUGGGGGGCGUGGCUUGUGGAGCCUGGCUUUUCCCGCCGACGGUUAGCCACGUCACGUGACAUGGGUUGGAAGAUGGCGUCUCCCACAGACGGGACAGAUUUGGAAGCAUCUUUGCUAAGUUUUGAGAAACUUGACCGUGCUUCACCAGAUCUUUGGCCAGAACAAUUACCCGGCGUUGCUGAAUUUGCAUCUUCUUUCAAAAGUCCUAUCACUAGCUCUCCACCCAAAUGGAUGGCUGAAAUUGAACGUGAUGACAUUGACAUGUUGAAAGAACUGGGGAGCCUCACCACAGCUAAUUUAAUGGAGAAGGUACGAGGCCUACAGAACCUGGCCUAUCAGCUGGGGCUGGAUGAGUCCAGAGAGAUGACAAGGGGGAAGUUCCUCAACAUUCUAGAGAAGCCCAAGAAGUAACAGCUACUUGUGUCCAGGUGUCCUGAAGACUGUAACCAAGUUCCCACCCUGUGCAGCUCUAACAAUGCACACCUCAUGCUUUCUGGGAAGAGACCAGAGGCUGAACUUCCAGGACCAUCCUUCUCUCCUGCUCCUAGCACUGUGCACCUCUGAAGACAUUUGGUAGCAAGAGAAGACAAUUCCCUACCCAAGGAUCAUUGCCAUUUACUAAGUCAGCAUCACAGGCCUGUAUGUCAGUAACACCAGAGGUUUUGUCAUUCCGAAAGCUCAAAGUUGUGCUUUCUCAUUUCCACAAGUGGUUUGGGAGCCCCAGGAUCUUCGAGUUGCUUUGAUUCUGUACUGGCAGAUCAAUUGUGACAUGUUGAUUGACUGGUUUGUGUUGAGUUGUACUUCAGGAUGAAGAGAUCAGAGACCAACUAAAUUCUGAACCAGACUGCAUCUUGAUCUUUGAACUCUCUAGGAUACAAUGGAUGCCAGGACUCCCAUGCUGGAGUAACAGAAUCUUCUUGAAAUGUGCAUCUGCUUUUUAAAUUUUGCACCCCUCAUGAUACUCUUCAUCCUUAAUGGCAUCUGUUCCCUGCUUCCCAGCCCCACCUUGCAGGUUUAACUCUAGGCAAGUGGCUGCCUCCUGGGACUGGCUUGUAGAGAGAAAGGUACAUGCUAUGCCACCUUGUGUUCUGGACCUCAAGUCCAAUAUGAAGAUAACAAAAAAGACUUCUGAGUUCUAGUUAAUCUGUUACAUAAGUGAAAGAAUAAGUAUGGCCUGAUAGCACAGUUUAUGAGAGUUUUCAUUUGACUGAGAACUAGAAGCCCUAAGUGACUUAGUGUGUGCUAUCAGAUGGUAACAGUAUGUUGUCCCCCUUUUCCCUCAGAGCACACAUAUCAGAUACUUCACCUACUUGACAGAAACGUACACACAAGAAUUCCCUGUCUUAAAUACAACUCUCAUGGAGUUCUUUGCUAGUUGAAUGUAUCUGUGCUAAAAUCUGAAAGUUUGGGCCAUGGGUAAAAAUAGACAUAUUCUAUUAGACAUAGUCUUUCACAUUUUGACAAGUACAGAGAGUCCCCUAAACUUUAUAGAAAGAAUAACUCUGUGGCAGUAGUCCAAUAGAGUUUGGAUGCAAGAAGAGUUAUGGUCAAGUUUGUGGUCUUGAGUAUCACUUAGGACACACCAGUCCUCAGUUUGACAACUGGUCUUUUGACCAUUUUCUGAUAUUUGUACCUGUUUCCAACGCUAGAAUUAGAAUUGAUAUAUUUUCCCCUCAUUUAUGUCAUUUGAUCAUCAACACAAUUUAACUCUUUGAAAAGAAUAAAACAAUGGAGCACGAAAUACAAAAGAUGAUCUGAGAAGAGAGGAGUCUGCUGGGGUACUCCCCAGAGGGGCUGGCUGCAGAGGCUGAUUUUAAGUUAAGCCUACGUUUGAUAUUUCUUAGUCUCACUAAGUACGGUUAAAGCGAGUGUGUGCAAGUGGUCAGAAAUAGUGCCAUAAUGUCAGGGUUUUUGCUUCACUCUGUGUUUGGGAGUUUAUGACUUCAGGCACUUUUGUGUUUGAAGAAAUUGAAAAAUGUGUGGAGAAUACUGAGCUAUCUCCCCUACACCAACCCAGUCUUCAAUGGGAAGCCACUAGUUGGUUUUCUGAUCUGCUGUGGCCUCCUUCUUUUACUGUCAUCCUGUUCACCAGCACUUAAUGUAAGUAGAUGUUUAAGAAUUGCAAUAUUUAUUGGGUUUGUAUUUGUCAUCCUUAGAAAUAUUAAUGAUGUAUUUUUAUAUUGAUAAUAUAAAUUUAUGUAUAGUAUGUAUAUUUUAGGACGUUAAAGGAUUGUACUUUGUGUAUGUUUUCUGUGUGUUCAUAAUAAAUGUGUCCCUUGUAUAGGA